AGGCCAUUCUUCAUUGUGGUGAAAGAAAACUUGUUCCAGCUUUCACGAUGAAGUCAAACACAGCCCUGUUUCAUAUUAACGAUACUCCAAGAACUAAGACUGUUAGUCAAACCAGUCACAUUGCCAUGGAUAUAAUUAAAGAUAGCCCUGAUUCUAGACCUUCAUUGUUAGUGCUCCACCGCUCCAUUGUCUCAGGACAAAACCUUCAGGCUCUCUUACUGGAGAAACCCGAGGGCUGGGCAGCCACCGUCACUGCUCAUUUGCAGAAAAUGCUGAUGGAGCAAAUCUGUGUGACUACAAUUAUGAUUGUUUCCUGCUGUCCAAAACUUAGUGAAAUUGCAGAAAUGAACAUCAGGAGGACCUCAAAGGAAGAGUCUGAACCACUACAGACAAAACUAAAUGCACCAAAGGACAUUAAAAUUCUCAUGCAGCACAAUCAAAGAGGAUCUCUGAGAGCUUCAGUCGGUCAACGUGACAUUUUCCAUGCAGCUACUCUGCACUCUGGCACCUCUUCAAGGAAAACGUCAGAUGUGUCACAGUUAAAGACACAAGGACAUGAAAACAUUCUUGUGAAGCAAAAGCAACUUUUGAACUUGAAUGAAGACUCCACUCGCCAAAGAAGUUUUCAGAAACAACUUUCUUUAAAAGCAGCAUCUGGUGUGGAUGAUGGUGGAUUUGAUGUUACGAGGCAACCCCUCUUGGUAUCGAAGGAGAAGAAAGGAUUCAGAAAUAGACCACUGAAUAAGACGAGGCCCACUCAGGACGAUAAUAAUGAAUUAUUUAGCUGGAAAAUGAUCACAAAACAACCAGAGCUCAGACACCCAGUAGGAGAUAGUAAAGCAGAACAAAAUAUGAAUCCUAUGGAAAAUGAAAACCAAAAGAGAUUUGCAUACGUCCUACGAACACGCUCCACGCAUAAAACAGAUAUUCAUGAUUUCAAUGAAAAACAAAUGCUGUCUGAUGUGGGAGAAGAAGCCUUAAUCAUGUUUUUCCUGCCAGAAGCAGCGAUGGAGACACAAACGGAUCCAAGAUCUGAAAGAAAGCUUAUUUCCAACACAGACUUUAGAUGGAAAGUGAAUAUUCCUGAGCUGGGUGACCCGCCACCCAUCACUAAAGCUUUAAAGGACAUCGCUAUUAAACAAUACGACUCAAAAUGUAAAUGUUUGAAAGGAAGAAUAUGUUUAUUAGAAAUCUUCGUAAUAGAGAGCUUAGAUAGGAAAGCAGUGAAACGUGGAAAAACUAUAAAGGAACAAGUCAAGGAAACCACAGAAAAACCAGAGAACUCACAAACAACUAAUAUAUACGAUGAAACAACAAGAAUAAACCACGCUGAACACGAAGGAAAUCUGAAACCAGAGGAGACAGUCGUACCCUCACCUCGCCCGCUCAAAAUGAUAACAACAGAACACAUAACAGACACAACUACAGCAAACACGAAGAUUAAGGACACAACAAUAAGUACGGAAGUCAUCACUCAAAGCAGCACACACAAAGACGAUGGACAGCCGAGCGCAGAGAGGAGACCAACAACUGGAGCGAGUCCAGAGCCCGAGGCACACACUGAGCCAGGAUUUUUGAAGAAUGAAACAGAAACUAUGCAAGCAACGACCGUGAAGCCAUUCUCGAGCCUCAGGAUGAGAGAAGACGUCCUAGAAAAUCGAACCAAAUUUCUGAAAGACGCACAGAGUGAAGAAGAAGCUUUAAAAAGCAGGACAGAAACUGAAAGAAAGGAAGCUCAAAAUCAUCCACGAGUGGAGCCCACACACAAGCAUGCAAAAAUUUCAGGGGACACUGUGCCGCUCUGCACAGGUUUAAUACAUCGCACGAAAGCUGGCUGGAAACACUGCAAAGAGAGACUCGGAGGAACAAAGAUGUUUGCUUCAAGGCAUCCUUUGGUUCCAGGUGAGCUGCAGACAGACCCUAUCAGAGACGAUGACAACAGCCGACGUAAUGAUGAAGAAAACGAACACUUCUAUUAUUUUGAUGGAGUUCUCAAAAGAGUUCAAAACAAUUUUUACCCCCACUACAAGAGUGGCGUUCCCGCAGAGAGACAAAAAAGAGACACUCGUGAAAAUCUUCUCAGUUAUAUUCUGCGACUUACGUUAAGGAAUAGGGGUCAGUGACUUCAAAAGAUUAGGUGCUGAAGAUGAUUUCUAGAGACAUGAUCAGUAGUGUCUGAAAAUAAGUGAAAUCCACAAGGUGACCAAAGGACCUGAACGAAAAAGUAUGCAAUAACAAGAGCUUUAUCCACAGGACAACAAGUGGAAAGCAAUGUCCUGUUUGAAGUAUCCUGGAUCAUUCAAAACUUCUAACUUCUCUUUAUAUCCAGUUAAAUACUGACAGUCUGAGGAACUAACAGGACAGAAAGUGAAGUUCACAGUGAAGAUACUGUGAACCUGAAUUUUACUGGUUAAAAAAAUGUAUUUCCUACCUCUGAAUAUAACUUAUAAGAAUGUAGAGAGAUUUGCCUAAACGUGUUCACAUUUUGACUUGAUGCACUUAAUUGUGCACAAGCCAAGAGGGCCUGAAGUUUGCACUAUGUAUUAUAAAAGACUUCACAGAGUAAUUCUAAUUCAUAUAAUAUAAUUAAUCAGCCUUUCUGUUUAGCAGAACUAAACAGAGCAUUUAUUUUCACCACAGCCUUUGUACAUGACUUGUGGUUUUGAUAUUUUACCUGUAGUGAUUGAAUGUACUGGGUAAGUGGGAACACAAAAUAAAACAAUUACUGUGUAUAAAUUGUCUAGACUGGUUAUUUCUAGUAUUUGUUGGCUGAAUUUGGAGAUUUUUCUGUGAACUGCGAGUUUGUGAAACAUGUACAGUUAGGUCCAUAUGUUUUUAGACAGUUUUGCCUCUGUACACCACCACAGUGGAUUUCUAUUGAAACACUCAAAAUGUGUUUGUAGUGGGCUUAGUUUGUUUAUUUAUUUAUUUUUUUAAUUCUUGGAAGAAAAUGCUUUUGGAGUCAGUGAAACACUGAAGUUAGAAUCCAUGGGCAUAACAAAUUGCUCUUUCCUCCCUUAAGAUGCUCUGCCAGGCCUUUACUGCAGCCAGGCCUUUGAUUUGGCCACUCUCAAAGUUUUUGCUAUCUUUGUGACACAUUUAUUUGAGUUUUUCAGCCUUUUGGGGAUCUCCUUUGCUGUCAUCAACAUCUCUUUGGGCCUCAUAUUGAGAGUUUCAAUGAAAGCAAAUUCAAGUUCAACUGGAAUUAGUGCCACGUCUUUUAUUUGCUUACUCUGUCAUAGACUGACAAGAGAAAAGGCCUCAUCUGUUAAACCUCUUCAGUCAAAAUCUACAUGAAAAACUGCACUUUAGUCACAUCUUAAUUGUUUGAUAGUUUUAUUUUAACCUCCUAAGACCCAAACUCUUCCACGGCAUGCAUUUUUAAUGUCCUCGUAAGUGCAUAUCAGCCCACGUAGAGCAAAAUUGAGUAUUUUAGUCUAAAUAACCCAAUAUGUGAUGUCCACAUAUGUGGACGCCAGGUCCUAGGAGGUUAAAGGUGGUGUACAGAGACAAAAAUUGUGUAAUUUCCUGAAAACAUCUGGAUCUAACUGUUUGCACACAGUGAAACAGGUUUCCCUCACUAUGAGGAUUCCUUCUUUUCAUAUUGGCCAUUACAAAAUGCAAGAAACAAGUUAAUUUAAAGCCAUGAGUGUCAGUAAUUUGACUACAAUGAAGUAAUUGUGUUGUGUAUCUCCUAGUCAAACUGUCCAUAAAAAAUAACUAUCAUAUUGUUUCACUGCUGCAUG